UAUUUCUAACUUUAUAAUCUCUCUUCUAUUGUCCAACUCUGAUUCCACCCACAGAAAGUCUGCAAUGACAACUUCGAUGCAUGCUCGAGUGCCAGAUCGUGAGACUACUGCUUCUUAGACAUUCGAUACCGCCUUAGUCAGACCGUAGUCUCGACUUUCUUUUUCCAAUUCUUGUUUGGGCAGCUCACACCAUCCAUAUGUCUUGCUUUGAUUUAAGAUUUCAAUUCUUCUGCGUUUCAGCUACAAUUGCAGCCAUGGAGUUUGGGGUAAUAAGAAGAUGAACCACCACAUUUAAGUACUGCAACACAAGCAAUACUAAUGGGAAUAGUCAUAUCUGUACUGUUAUUAUUUGCAGGUAUUGGAGUUUUAGUCCUCAUUCAUGUUUGUAUAGUAGGGAGGUCUUUUAGGAGAGGAUUUAGUGGGAGAAACACAGAUGUUGUGGAGAGAGGAAGCUUUGGAAGCACAAGCAUGUCACAAGAGGAUAUCGAAAAGCUUCCAUGUUUCGACUUCAAAACGAAGGAGAAAGGAAGCAGCCCGGCUGCGAUUUGCGCGGUUUGUUUAGAGAAUUUUAAGGUUGGAGAAAAGUGUAGACUAUUGCCUUUGUGUAAUCAUAGUUUUCACGCAGACUGUGUGGAUUUAUGGCUUUUGAGAACACCUAUUUGUCCUAUAUGUAGAACUUGUGCUGAUUUUCUGAAGAGUGAAUCAAUAUUAGGGGAAGAACGUAAUCACUUUAGUGAAACUGAAAGUCGGAUUGAAGUUGGAGUGAAUCAAAGAAUGGAAAUGAUCCAUCUGACUGAAAAUGAUGCUCAAGAGAUGCAAGCAACAGAAUCUGGCAUUUCAAGUGAAACAAUAAUCGACUCGAGAGAGAUCCAAGAAUCAGAAACUAAGACGAGCAAUUCAAGUGAGACGGUAAUCGACUUGAGCGAGCACCAAGAAACAGAAACUGACAGUUCAAGUGAGACAGUAAUCGACUUGAGCGAGCACCAAGAAACAGAAACUGACAGUUCAAGUGAGAUAGUAAUCAACUCGAGAGAGAGCUAAGAAAUAAAAACUCGAACGAAUUGCCUUGUCUAGUGCUGAGAAUCAAAUAUCUCCUUAUUGUAUGCCACCCCUUGACAAGACUUGACAAAAUUUAUCUCAAACUCUAAAUUUUACCUACAUAAUAGUUAAAUUCGGCUGAAAAAUCUACUGUUAUUCCCAUAAAUGAAAAGCUUUGUAGGUGGUAAUUAGUUAUGAAUAUAUUAGGCCUAUCAUCAGCUUUAUUUAA